AUGCUCCGAAUGCACACAUGCCAAGUAGGUGAAGAGAAAUGGACGAGAAUUGUGGACGGCAAAGUGAAUGUCCUGUCUCUGUCUGCCUGCCCGUCUGUCUGUAUGUCUGCCUGUGUGCGUGCCUGCAGGUAAAGCUGCUUCAGAAGCUCCAGAAGCGCGAGACAGCUCUCGAGGAGGCGCUCAAGGGACGACAGAGGUACACACACGAUCACAGUCGCUCGGCUGCGUGGACGGAUGGAGGCAUGGGUGGGCGGAUGGGUCUCUCCUUGCUCCUACUUGCCGCUCUUUUCAGUGCCGAGAAGAAGGGCGAGAGGCUGAGUGCUGCUCUGGAGCGAUACAAGGCGGAACUCCACGACCUCAACCACAAGUACACAGGCCGAGUGACGGCGUGCACACGGAUAUGCGCUCAUUCUUCCUGUGUUUGUGUGUGUAGGUCGUCGAUUGAGAAGGAGGCCGUCGCUGCUCUAAAGGAUGACCAACAAAGGCAACACGCACAUAUAUGCAGAGAUCGUCCAUAUAUCCACGAACCGGUGUACACGAUGCUUCUCUCUCCGUACGUCUCACUGAUCAGGCUGAAGGAUGAGAAUGCGCGUGCAGACAACACCAUCAAGUCCCUUACGAAAGAAAGAAACAGGUGCGUCACUCAGGAUACCUGCGCGCCAGGUGUGUGCUGCGAAGCGUUCUUCCUUAUUUCUUUGCAGAUUGGCGACGGACCUGACCAGUAUGCAGCGCGAAAAGGACGAGGGCGUCGGCAAACUCCAACAGUACUGAAGAGACACAGGCAGCGAUAUCGACAUGCACGGUUUUGUCUCUGCCCAUGCAGGCUCGAGAAGGCUCAGAACGGCGUGACUCAAGAAGGUCUGGUCAACACACGAGCCGUCAGGUACGUAGGCCUCUGCAUGGAUGGAUGGAUGGAUGUCUCGUUGUCAAUGGUCUUUUGCCCAGUGUGUGUGAGGACCGUGUGCGCGUGGCGGCCACCGAGCGCGAGGUGCGUGCCAUCUCCCAGCAGGCGGCCAGCGGCAUCGACCAGCUGUACCGACUCCACAAGGCGUGCCUCGCCAAGCUGUCCGACCUCGAGCAAGACAACACCAACACCGACACCACCAAGAGCAGCAGCAAAUGUGCGGUGUGUUCUGAGCACAGCCCGUCGGUUGUGUUCAGUCCCUGCAGCCACGCUGUGUGCGGCUUCUGCUGGGCGAAGGGGGGCAGACAGCAGACCACAGACAGCCCGCCCAAGUGCCCCAAGUGCUGCGCAGACAUUGCUUCGCACGCGCUCGUCGAGACGAAAGAGGGCUGACGGAAUGCCGUGUGUCUCUUGUAUGGCUGCAUGGGUGACGUGCGUGUUGUUUGUCGUGUUGUGUACAGAAUGCGGAGUAAGUGAUAGGUGCAGUCUUGCACUCGGACAAGCUUCAUGCGGACGGGGGAAACGUCUUCGUGUCAGAGGCUCAUGGCUGACAGCGUCGGUAUGCAUUCGAUGAAUUACCAAUG